UGAGCGGGUUCCCACCCAUAUACCACAGCGCGAACUAGAAUUUAUUUAUUUUUUUAGUUUAGAAGUGUAUCUUGUUUUUCAACAUUGUAUAUUUUUAUGUUUUAGUGAUUAAUUUGCGGAAACUGUUUUGGCGUGUCAAGUUUUAAUCGAUUGGGACGUUAAACGCACUUAUCUGUCGCUGUUAGUCUUUCGCCCGCCGUCGAAGAGAGAAUGCCGCCAAACCGGAAAUCUGAGGCUCACAUUAGUGAUAUUAUCGCGACGCGACAGUCUUUGCCCAUACCGUGAGAAAUACGAUUGGGAGAUAUUACGGCUUCAUCAGACCAUUAAAUUCACACAGCCUCAGGUGUCCUGUGUCAGCGUUAAUCUCUGCAAGCUCUCCUGUCUGUCGUCUGCGGUUUAAAUGGAAAACAGUGCAGUGAAUUAUGAGAGCAACGCCGCUGUAACGGUCCCCCCUGCGCACAGGAGCAGGUUAUGGAUUUGAACAGAGCCCUGCUUCUGCUGCUGUAUAUGGCUGCUUCUGAGGUGCAGGACAUUCAGACCAGACCAAUCGAUUUUGUGUGUGACUAUCAAGCCAGGAGAAGCAUGAACAAAGUGGAGGAGAUUAAGUCUGCCAUGGGGGAGUGUGAUGGGUCUGACCUCCUCCCUUCUGCCAUCCCGCUGCCAUGUGUGGGAAUAAACAUGGGGGCCUGGAGGAAGAAAUCACUACAGCAGAAGAGGGGUCAAGUCUUGGCUGCUCUGAAGGUUCUUACAGAGGGUUUGAAGAUGGUGAGGGCAAAGACCCAAAAUGGGUGUCAGUCCACCCUGCUGGAGCGGCUGGAGCAUAGUGUCACCAAUUACCUGCACAUAGUGAUGAACCUGGAUAUCUUGCAGGACAAAGGCGAGGGCCAGGACUUUGCUUGUCAGAGCCGGAACACCCUGAAUUUAGACCAGGUCCUCAUGCAGUACAACAAGCUGCUCAGUGGCAUGCUGGAAAUGUUUAUGCUGGAGCUGAAGGACAUGUGCCAAGGGGAGACCUGACCUGUAACCUGUGAUCUCUGACCAUAUAAGUAAGAAGGAAGAUGCCCCCAGUCACCUGGUGUGACCUCAAUACCUCACUGCAACUUCCUGUCCUUUUAAGUGAGGAAAUGGAGUCCUCUGCUGGUGAAGGAUUGGAAAGACAAAAAAUGCUGGCACUUAUUACAAGUGCAGAAGCUCUACGUGAUCAAAUGGGAUGUAGCAGCAUUAUAUAAGGUUAAGCAAGGACACAAUGUGAUACGCUUGGACCUAAUCUUUUUCUCUGUGUUUGGAGGUGCAGACAGUGUUGUGUUUUUUUUUUUGUUUGUUUGUUUGUUUGUUUUUUUACAAUGACACAUGAAGAAACUAAAAGGAGGCCCUCAUUCAGGGUGAUGAAUUUGAAAGCAUCUGAGGCGACAAUGAACUGACAUUUUAAACCCUGUUGUAGUUGGCUUAUUUUUGUAGGCUGGAAAGCUGGACUGAUGGUAAUGCCACAACACAGUCAGACAGAGAGAAGAGACCUGUAACCACUUACCUGGAAUGUUGUGGUUAGAAACAGAAGAGAAAAUCCUGGUGGUUGUGUAAUAUUGUAAAUUGAGUGAUAUGAUAAAUAGGAAAGAAAGGCCAUAAAGCUAGUUUUUUUUUUUUUUGGGGGGGGGGUUCACUGUUUUAGUAAUAAAGGACAAUGUGAAAAAUUAUGGAACCACCAAAUUAUGAAACCAACCACAGGAAAACAAAUGCACUAACAUUAGCUGCUCCAAGAGAAAAGUGUAUUUUAUUUCACUUUGCAUUUUGAUUUCAGUUUUUUUUUUAAACUGAUUGAACACUUUCUAAGCUUUAUCUGCCAUCAGAACAGCUGAGUCUGUCACCAUCUCCCACCGCCUCGAGGAGGCAGUUUAGACUACCUGGGUUCAUCCAUCUUGAAUGCAUUUUGCGGUUUAGAAUCUGACUAUACUGCUGUAAAAUUGUUUUGUUAAAUGGCUUGUGAUAGGCUUUGAUUUUAUUAUGGGAAUUAUUAUUUUUAUAAUUGUUAAACAUAUAGCCUACAGUAGCUACACUACGCUCUUCCAUAUAUUUGCACUUCGCAUUUGCAUUGAAAUUGUAUUUUUUACGUUGCAUUGGACUCUGCACUUAUAUAUAAUUUAAUCUGUAAUUCGCGGUGUUAACGUCGGUCUAAAAUAGUCAUUAAAAAGUA